CGAAAGUUGGCGAACUCGACGUCACCGACGCUGGAGAUCACGCGAAACGGCGACGAAUUCGUGUUCAAAACCGUCUCAACGGUCAAGACCUCGACGAUGACCUUCACUUUGGGCAAAGAGUUCGAAGAGGAGCGUCUAGACGGCAAGAAAGUCAAGUCCGUCAUCACCGUCGAGGGCAACAAACUCAUACAGACGCAGAAGGACGGCGACAAAGAAGUCACUUACGUCCGCGAGUUCUCCGGCGACACUCUCACCGCCGUAAGUGAACAGACCUCCCGUUCCCCUGCCCUUCCCACCUCUGAAGACACACUUCAAACCCGUUAUCUCUUUGAUAAGAAGUAA